GGACAGUGGAUGACAAACAAGAUAAAGAAACAAGCGCCCAGAAAAACUAUAUAAAGGCUGAGUUCUCUUGUCAAGACAUCCUUCAACCUGCUGCUGCACGAGCAACUUGAAUCUGAUCAUCAUAACACGAGAUGGCGUCAGCUCUUCCUCUCGUGCUCCUCUGUUUGGCUGUUGGACUGCUGGACGUGUCUGCUGCUGCAGCCUGUCCUCCUGGUUGGUCUCUGUUUGGGUCGCGCUGUUUCAUUGUUGAAACCAGAAAACUGACGAUGGCUGAGGCAGAGCUCAACUGCAUCCGCCUUGGUGGGAACCUGGCCUCAAUCCACAAUGUCAAUGAGUACAACUGGAUCAGGGGAAUUGUCAGAAGAGCCUCUGGCUCUGAUGUGUGGGCCUGGAUUGGGCUGUCUGAUGCAAUUCAGGAGGGAAAGUGGCUGUGGACUGAUGGGUCGAGGUUUGUCUUCAGUCACUGGGCUCGCAAUGAGCCCAACAAUAAAGCUGGUAAAGAACACUGUACCCACAUCAACUACGAAGGGGACAAUUGGAAUGAUUUCACAUGUGAUUCCAAGUUGGCUUCUGUUUGUGUGGGGGGACGUUGAUGCCUCCAUCCUCCAUCUGCCCUCCUGUGUACCGACAUGAUGCCACUUCCACCAUGACGACGUUACUUUGUCUUUGAUGUUACACUUAAAUAAGAGCAGAUUUUCUCUGAUGAUUCACUUUUCAUUUAAUCCUUCAAAUCAGAAUCCACCAAAUCAGUAAAUGGCAGCAUAGGAAAUUGAAAUCAUUUAACAUUUUUGAUUUUUUUCUCAUUAACUGUCAUAUAUUCACUAUCUUUCUUUUCAAUCACAGUCAAUACAAAAAACAAAAAUACACCGAAAUAAAAAUAUUCUUUAAGCACAA